AUGGAUGACAUUGUGAUUACUGGCAACGAUGAGGAGGGCAUAUCCAAGUUGAAAGCAUAUCUCUUUAAAAGUUUUCAGACUAAGGAUUUGGAAAAGUUAAAAUAUUUUCUUGGAAUUGAGGUAGCCCAAUCCUAUAAUGGUGUGGUUAUUUCACAAAAGAUGUAUGCUUUGGAUAUUUUUGAAGAAAUUGGGAUGCUUUAUUGUAAACCCAUCGAUAAAACUCAUAAUGCUGAUCAUUGGGAUGUUGCUAUUCGAGUUUUGAGAUACAUUAAGAAGGCACCAAGCCAAGGGCUAAUUUAUGAAGAUAAAGGUCACACUCAAAUCAUUGGAUACUCUGAUGCUGAUUGGGCAAGUUCUCCAUUUGACCGACGAUCUACGUCUGGAUAUUGUAUUCUCAUUGGGGAUAACUUGAUUUCAUGGAAAAACAAGAAGCAAGAUGUGGUAACCAGAUCUAGUGCAGAAGCUGAAUAUCGUGCUAUGGCUCUUACUACAUGUGAACUCAUAUGA